UUUUAUUUGGUGGCACGUUUGUCAAAAAUCACCGAAAACGAUCGCCUUCAAUUUGAAAACAUUAACGGGUGGAGAGUCGUUGAAGGAAGAACAAUUUUUGUUAAUUUUCGUUUAGAUUUUCGCGAUCGUAUUUUCACGAGAAUCACUUCAUUCGUACGGAUUAUCGUCCAAGGGGUAAAAAGCGUUAUCCAUAAAAACAGUUUACUUUGUGAUAUAUGAAAGUGACAAGCACUUUUUCGACGGUUUGGCACAGUGAGAUGUAAAAUAGUUCGAAGGAGUUACGCUAUGAACAUGAAUAUUCUUCCCGUAUCCGUACAUACUCCAUGGAUCGUUGUAGAGAAAUCUCGAAGAAAGCGAUGGACACCACGUGCAUUUUUUUUGCAUGCCACGCCCUUUCUAGUACUGGGCGCAUUGACGAUGAUACUUGGAAUGAGUUUGGUUGAUGCAGCAACUGAUGAUGGAAUGUGCCGAAAUAUCAACAUUAUGUUUCAGCAGAGCGAACUUAAUACGCUAAAGGAUUGUCGGAUCAUUGAAGGAUCUUUGAUUAUUGGCAAUCUUCAUAGUGACAACGAAACAGACUACGACGGAUUUACGUUUCCGAAUUUAGUUGAAAUCACCGACUUUAUGUUACUGUAUAAUACACACGGCCUAAAAUCGUUGAUGGUUCUGUUCCCCAAUCUACGAGUCAUACGUGGAAAUCGUCUGAUGAACAAUUAUGCGCUGAUAAUUUAUCACCUGCCGCAUCUACAGGAAAUUGGACUGAAGUCAUUGACAACAAUCUCACGUGGCUUCGUCCGAAUUUCGAAGAAUCCUGAGCUCUGUUUCGCUGACACGAUAGAUUGGACUUACAUAGCGAACGGAACGAGCGUCGACGAUCAUUUCAUUGAUUCGAAUCAACACAGAAAUCGAUGCAAUGUUUGUCCGACGCGAAUCGGACUUUACAUCGACGGGAAGUACGUAAAUGGUAGCGACAUCGAAUGCCCGGUAUCAAAGUUGGAUUCGAAGAAGAGACAUUGCUGGAAUGCUCAAACUUGUCAAAAAAUCUGUCCAGAGUCCUGUGGUCAACGUGCAUGUAACGAUCAGCUCGAAUGUUGCGACGAGAACUGUUUAGGAUCCUGUGAUUCAGAUGGAACGAAAUGUACAUCAUGUCGACACGUCAGUGUCGGAUCGUUAGACGCAAGAACUUGUGUUGACAAGUGUCCCAAUCCUUUGUUUAUGUUUGAGAAAGUACGAUGCUUAACGAAUGUAGAGUGUCUGCAUGCGGACCGUUUCGAACAAUUCAUUCCGUUCAACGGUACGUGCCAAUCUACGUGUCCAGACUUGUAUUCGCUAGAAAUGGAAAAAGGUCUCCUCACAUGCAAGUCAUGUAAUGGAGUAUGUAGAAAAGAAUGCGACGGUGGCAUCAUACAAAGUAUAUCAGAUGCUCAACUGUAUCGGGGUUGUACGAUAAUAAACGGAAUGCUCAUUCUGCAGAUUCGUCGAGGAGGGGCGCAAGCAAUCGCAGAACUAGAAGAAGCUCUGUCGAAUAUCAAAGAAAUCCGAGGAGCCUUGAAAAUUACGCGAUCACUUCCUCUAGUUUCGUUGAGCUUUUUCAAAAAUUUACGGGUAAUUCAUGGGAAUGGUACAGACUAUUACACUCUCUACGUCAUGGAUAACCCGAACCUAGAAAGUAUCUUCGAUCAUCCAGUGGCCAUCGAACGAGGAAAAUUGUUUUUCCAUUUCAAUCCAAAGUUGUGCUACCAAACCAUUCAAAACAUCAAGAAAGACGUGACUGAUUUGAGCGAUGUUCAGAACUUCGCAAUAGAAGACGUGUCAAUUAACUCAAACGGCGAUAAAGUGGCGUGCAGUCUAACUACUCUCAUAUCUAGGCUGGUCGUAGUCAUGCCAAUGGGUGUGAUUGUAGAAGUGGAAUCCAAACAGUACGAUGACUAUCGUGUCUUGUUGGGCUACGAUUUGUAUUUCAAGCCAGCUCCCUACAAAAAUGUCACAAUGUUUGAUAGUCGAGCCGCCUGUGGCGACGACGGUUGGCAAGAGGAAGAGACUACGCUAUUCGAUCGUAGAGCAAAUCGUGUGCAAAUUGUUUUGAUCAAUUUGAAGCCGUAUACACAGUAUGCGUACUACGUUAAAACGCGUACCGUUGCGUCGGAACCGAACGGCGGUCAAAGCGAAAUUCAAUAUUUUCAAACUUUGCCGUCGCGACCCGGUAUGGUACAGAAGAUGAAAAUUUCUCCUCAUGGCAGCUCUUCGCUUGUCGUCGAAUGGGACCAACCGAAGGAACCGAACGGAAAACUAACAAAUUACGUCGUUCGAGCUUCUUUAAUCCGGGACGAUCCCCAGAUUUUACAUAAUCGUAACUUUUGUAUUGAUCCUUACAAAUCUCACGAAGAUCCUGUGAAUAAAGCGCCAAUUGAGAACGGCGAAGUCAACAACGAAUGUUCGUGUGAUAAAGUUGUCACAACACCAAGGCUGAAAGACAAAGAAGAUUAUUACGAAGAAGACAUUAACUUUGAAAAUGAAAUUGAAAAUCUACUCUACGUCAGGCGUCGUCUCGUUAAUAUGAACGACGAACCGAAAGGAAGACGUCGUCGAACUAUUGGUACAACCGACGAUUUUGUUGAGUCGAGAAUGGUGGAUGGUCAUUACGAGGAAUUUUACAGCAAUACGACCGAAUUCAACGUUCAUACAUUCACAUUGAACCAAUUGAAACAUUACUCGAUGUACUUGGUGUCGGUGCAAGCGUGUCGUGAUUUUAGUGACCCAUACUUCAACUUCAAAUCACACUGCAGCAAAGCUUUUACAGAUACUGUUCGCACGGGGGGUAGAGAAAAUGCGGACGACAUUCCGUAUUUCGAGGUAAUUAAAGAGCGAAAUGCGAAUACCGGCUCGUCAGCGUUGAAGAUCUAUUGGCCGGAACCGGAAAAUCCCAACGGCUUUAUAGUGGCGUACACUGUCUUCUACAAACGAGUCGAAUUGGAUAAUGUUUCGCCUGCCGAACAUUGCGUAACAAGUACCACCUACAAACAUUGGAACCGCAAAAUUCCGGUGCUUCGUUUGUCUAAUGGAAAUUAUUCGGUUUCGGUAAGAGCGACAUCACUUCUAGGAAAUGGUCGUCCAACGCCAUCGCAAACCAUUACUAUCGAUUAGUCUUGUAAAACUAUGAGCAAUUGAGUAAUAAAGUGUACAUUGAGUCAA